CUUCCGCCAUUCCCUUGUUGCCAUGACGACGUAGCUUUGCUGUUAGAUGCUGACUUCGAAAGGGGAAAACUUAUCAGGCUAAAUUACCUGCCAUGUUAGUAUUUCUAUACAUUUUGCCUGCAAUUUAACUGAGAAGAGACGCAAGUGGCAACAAGAAAAGCUCAGGAUGAAGCAGGUGGUGGAGACGUUGAGAAACCGAAAGGUUUCGGAUUCAUCGGUACUUUCCAGAAAGGAAAUAGCUUUGUUCAGAAACACGCCGAAGCAGUACAUGUGUGUGGAGAUGCUGCAGGACGGCUACCACAGGUCGUUUGCAGAGCUCUUCACUCUGCUGCGCUUAGACCUGGAGCAGAGGGCCAACGCUCCGCCUAGAUCGCCCCGGCUGCAGGUACCCCCCCUGGAGGAGCAGCGCGAGAAACUGGAGACCAUCCGGCUGCACCUGAGCCGGGCAGAGAAAGCAGAACGGGACAGUUCCUGGACAGCCGUGUGUGAAGAGCGGCUGCAUUUGGGUCGUUACUUCACCCAUCCGAUGGACAUCUGGCUCAGCUUCCACUUCUUCCACAGCUGCGCUGACAGAGCGUUCGGAGGCCGAUCCAAAUCCGCCACGGAGGCCAGAUUCCACCUGGCCGAGCUGUACCGGCAGCAAGGGGACCUGAUGGAGGCGAGGGAUCAGGCGGAGAGGGCCCUGAAGCAGGCGGAGGACGGAGGCUGGGUGGACCCGGAGGGCCGGCCGCUGAGGCUCUGGGGCUGCAGGGAACUGGGAGAAAUCUACAGCCUGCUGGGCGAAGCUUACCUCGCAGCGGAGCAGUACGACACGGCCACGAUGCUGCUGCAGCUGGGAUCCAAGAUGGCUAUCGAGGGCGGCGAUAAGUCGGUGAAGGCGGAGUCGUUCUUCAGGGAAGGAAUGGGCUUACAGAGCUCAGGAGAUCAUAAAGCAGCCAAGGCGCUCUUCAACACCUGCGUAGAACUCUUUGACUCCCUGCAAGACUUUGAAGGUUUGGUCAAAUCCUACAAGGCCAUCGCCAAAUCCUUACAAAGCGAAGGAAAAAUCCAGGACUGUAUUGAGAUGCUGGAGAAGUCAUCUGAUCUGUGCCAAAGCAGCAACCUGCAGGAGAGGCUGGCGGACGUCAGCCUGACUCUGGGCUGCAUCUACAGCGACGUGAAUCGGCCUCUGAGAUCGAGUGAAUACUUCCUGCAGAGUUACAGAGCUGCCUGCACCGCCAGAGAGGUUCUUCUGCAGCAGAAAGCACAGGUGAAGCUGGGUCAUACAUGCGCGCACUCUCUCAUCAAGAAGCACAUCCCUGCGAUGGAGUCGCGCUCACUGUUCUCUGUGAAACAGCUGGUUCACUGGAAGGAAACCAGAGGAUACCAGGACUUCCUGCUGAGGACUUAGAAAUGAACAUUCAGCAGCUGGUUGUUGAGAGGAAGGAGAAAAACAAACAAAAACAUAUGUUGUUACUUGUCUUUACAUAUUGCCAACCACUUAUCUUGUUCAAGAAAUAAUAAAUUUACAGAAUGGCAAGAUUUCACAUCGGAAAAUAAUUUAAAACUUUCAUUUAUCAGCAAAUUCCAACCUCCUCUGUUUCUGUUGAGGCUAAUGGGAGUUUAAUUACCUGCAGUUAUUAAGAUGAUGUGAUCUGACCAGUAUUCAGCUUAUUUAUAUUGAUUCAGUUUAUCUUUAUUAAAGUGUCUGGAAACCUUUUGGCUUUCAGUUUCAACUCUAUGAACAUGUGCCAGGCGUCAGUGGACCAACACAAUAAAAGUUUAAACACCAA